CACAGUUCCAUUGAUUUUUGACAAUAAAUGGCGGGGCCAGACCAAAAUGUCGGAUUGAAGUUUUCCUUGUUCAAUAGCUAAUCGGUGACGCUUUGUGGUUGUGGAAAAGUUCCUGCUUUUGAAUUGGAAUAAUUUCUGCCUCCUGCUUCUCUUGACUACCUUGAAAUACAAGUUUUGCCCCGCUUGUGUGCCUAUAUAAGAAAGCCAACGAGCCAAGCUCCACAAGACUAUACACCAAAUUUCUCCUCCUUCCUCUUCUUUCUUUCUGUCCGAGCAAGAAGCCAAGUAGCAAGUUAUUAAUUUUCUGUUUCCUCCGCGCCAGAAUAAAUGAUGAUGACAGAUCCACUCACAGAGGAUCAGGUUGCUGAUUUCCGGGAAGCCUUUAGCCUCAUUGACAGGGACUCAGAUGGAUUUAUUACAGUGGAUGAGCUGGCCACCAUUGUGCAAUCACUAGAUGGAAAUCCCACUAAAGAAGAAAUUCGAGAAAUGAUCAGCGAAGUGGAUAUUGAUGGCAAUGGGAGCAUAGAUUUUGAGGAGUUCUUGACAAUUAUGAGCAGGAAAAUGAAGGAAAAUCUGUCUGAGGAACUAAAAGAAGCCUUUAAAGUAUUUGACAGAGAUGGAGAUGGAUAUAUUUCUGUUACCGAGCUGAGAAACGUAAUGAUGAAUUUGGGAGAGAGGUUGACGGAUGAAGAGGCAGAACAGAUGAUUAAAGAGGCAGAUUUGGAUGGGGAUGGUCAGGUUAGCUAUGAAGAAUUUGCAAGCAUGAUGAUGGCCAACUGAUCUCAAUCAUUGUGCAUUACCCAAAAUAAACUUAUGUUGGCUGGGAAAAAAAAGCCCCAUCAACAUAUUAUGUAAAUACUUCAUUUUACUGUUACGUGACUUGAUAUUAUUAAUUUGUUAAUUUCUAACGUUCCUAAAUCGUUAAA